GAGUGGCACUAGCAGGCAGAAUUGCCAACCAUUAUAUUGACAAUGUUCUUCGAACUCAAUUGCCUCAAGCACUUCGAUCUGUUGGAUUGGACCCUGCACCUUUACCAGGAUUCAACACUUACUUUGGCCCUCAAGGUAUUUACCAAAAUCAAGGAGAGGCUAUAUUCUCAAACGGAAACGCAACAAACUUAGGCAUAUUGUAUAGGGUAGGUGAUUGCUCAGGGCCAAAAUUGUUCCUUGGAGAACUUUCCAUCAACUGUACUCUCCGUUUGUUACAAAUUACUACAAGCUACAAGGUUAUUAUAAGGAAUGGAAGCAACAUUUACACGCCAAGGAAUAUUGGCCGCUUUGGUGAAACUCUUCUGUCUCUGGAAGUAACAGGAAGACCCCAAGCUGAUUAUUUAGGAUCAGUACAAAAAUUUAGAGUUGCUCGUCUCGGUUUACUCACUCCUACUUUUUCCAGUCUUCCAGCUCCUCUUAACAAGUAUUUGAGGGUCAUUCAAGAU